AGCUAGCUUCACACUGAGGGGCUGUAGGAAGCACCCUGUAGAGAGCGACCAGCUCAACUGCUUUAAAGACGUCUAAAACAUGGAGGGUUGUUCUAAUUAAGGGAUUACACGCUGGAUACUUUCUGCCUCUCUCAACCUCUGGAUCUCCGGACACUCCUUCAGUGUGUGUGCUGCAUGUGGACCGAGAGGACCGGGAUCCCGGCAGACAUCCCCUGGUGGUUUAUGUUUAGGACAUGGCAACUGCUCUCAGUGGACGAAACCCUGGGGGUAGAGGACCGAACCGAAGCAAGGGCCGGAUUUUAGGAAUCAUUGAUGCUAUCCAGGAUGCAGUGGGGACACCGAAGCAAGCAGCUGCUGACCGGAGGACUGUGGAGAAGACCUGGAAACUCAUGGAUAAAGUUGUCCGCCUCUGCCAAAAUCCCAGACUCCAGUUGAAAAACAGUCCACCGUACAUCCUGGAUAUCUUACCUGAUACCUACCAGCACCUGCGACUCACUCUGGGAAAAUAUGAAGAGAACCAGAGACUCACACAGCUCAGUGAGAAUGAGUUCUUCAAAGUCUACAUUGAUAGCCUUAUGAGGAAAUCUAAACGGGCCAUCCGACUUUUUAAAGAGGGAAAGGAGAGGAUGUAUGAGGAUCAAUCACAGGACAGGUAAGAGAACUUUUUUUAUCUCGGUUAGUUUUUAUUCUUCCCUUUUUCACUUUCUGACAAUAUUCAUGCUAUGUGGGUCACUGACUUGACCUAAUUUGACCUCACAAUUGA